UUAACAGAAGAGCGAACGCCAAAGGAACUCGAAGCGCCUAUUCGGGACAGCAUAGAGGACCCCUCCCCUGGCGUUGAGUGUCGCCGUUUUGGGCGUUUGAUUUAUCGUCACUUAGCGUUGUGGUGUAUUAGCUUCUAGGUCAUAAAAGGCAUCGUGUAAUGAUCCUCAGUCAUGCUAGCGUUACAGUGCUCCGAGCUCCCAACGCCCCCUGAUUUCCAUUUUCACCCGCUGGUCAAGCUUUAUAGCGCCCUUGUCGGCAUUCUCUUGGCUACUUUAAUUGUUUCGCGGAAAAGAUCCUUUUCAAAUCAUAUCUCUAUUCCUUGCAAAAUGGUCUCAUCUAGAGUAUACAACCUGUGCCAAAGUGACCGAACGGUGAGCUCGGAGCUGGCAAGAGAUCCGACCAAGGUGCCUCACGAUGUUUUCAGGGCACUUUUUGCGAAACCUGGCAUACAGACUGAUGUGGAACAAGUCACUGUGGAAGCCGACCUAGAACAGGACGAUAACCUGGAGAGGGCGUCGCAGUGUGGAAACUGGGGAACUGCAACUCCCAGCAAGCUGUUUCUUCAGAUUUAUCAUGAUGCUCUCUGCGUUCUCGAUAAGAAUCCAACGGGAGGAGCUGUGUCUCUGCCACUUAUGGGGAGCAGUGGCACAGUUCCUCUUACAAUCAUCGCCCCGUUACCGGACCUCUGCCGUCACAUCGCGAACUGCAUUGUGCGCGCUGAGAAGGAGGUUUUUCUCGGGACAAACUACUGGCUUUACUCCAACGCAUCGACUUUGAUUACCAACGCAUUGAGGGAGCUGUCGCAGCGAGCGAGCCAAAGGGGCACGAAAAUUAUCGUCAAGAUUCUCUACGAUCGGGGAGAUCCUCGGCAGCUGUUUGACAAUCACCUGAGUGUUCACCAACAUAAAUAUAUGAGCGAAAAAGUCCAACUCCCUGCCCCCGCCGACAUUCCGAAUAUUGACCUGCAAGUGAUCAAUUUCCAUCGCCCCAUCUUAGGGACCUUUCAUGCAAAGUUCGUGAUUAUAGAUCGUCACGUUGCACUUCUCCAGAGUAGCAACAUACAAGAUAACGAUAAUCUGGAAAUGAUGGUUCGCGUUGAAGGCCCAAUUGUGGAUUCCCUCUAUGACACGGCUCUGAUCUCUUGGGGGAAAGCGCUGGAGCCACCUUUCCCCAUGCUCAACUCUCCUGCUGCUAUGGCCUCACCCCCCGGCGUUGUUACGCAGGCAAGUAAUAUCGGAGAUGGUGUAGGAGAUGGAGAGAUACUUCUGGAACACACCACGGAAGAUCCCCAUUACGAUGAUAGCAUUCGCUCCGAGACCAGAAGAAUGAACAACUUACUUAGCCCUCGCCAAGGGGAGUCACCCACCCAGGCAGUAACUCGCCAUCUCAACACAACCAUUCAGCCCUCGACCACCGGAGACGCGCCUGAUGAGGAUCAACAAAAUCGAAUGCAACCAUACGUGGUCUUACCGCCACAUGAGCCCUUUCCAAUGGCAUUGGUAAAUAGAGAACCUUACGGAGUACCUGAUCAUACAAGCGUAGAUGUGCCGCAAGAUGCAGCAUUCCUGUCUGCCAUUAAGCAUGCCCAACGCUCAAUUUUCAUUCAAACACCCAAUAUGAACGCAGAGCCCUUUUUAAAGCCGCUUCUAGAUGCCGUCCGCCGCGGGGUGGUUGUCACAUGCUACUUAUGUUUAGGCUACAAUGAUGCCGGCGAGCUGCUUCCAUUCCAAAAUGGAACUAAUGAAAUGAUUGCAAACCGUCUAUACCACUCUCUGGAAACCAAUGAGGAGCGAUCGCGAUUAAAGAUUUAUAAUUACGUUGGGAAAGACCAAACGCGUCCAAUUCCCAACAAAUACAAGAAGCGAAGUUGUCACAUCAAAUUGAUGAUCAUUGACGAACAGGUGGCUAUACAAGGAAAUGGGAACUUGGAUACCCAGUCAUUUUUCCACAGCCAGGAAGUCAAUCUCCUGUAUGACUCGUCCACUAUCUGUCGCAUAUGGUUGGAUGCUGUGAACCGAAACCAAAACACUGCCAAAUACGGACUGGUGAGUAUGAAGGACGGAUGCUGGCACGAUCCGAAAACGGGAGAAAUUCCCGAAGGUUCUCUUGGUACUGACCCGGGGAAAUUCAGCUGGGCAAAGGGGGCCAUCGGAGCCGUCCAGAGGGUGCGAGGAGUAGGUGGCUUUUGAAUAAGUGUGACAUUUAGACGUCCAGGUAUAGGUACAAGGAGAAGAGGAAUUUAGUGUGAAAAUAUUUAUCUGAAGCCUGGAAUGAAAGGCAUAAGCAUAGGUAUACUAAAAGCUGUAGGAG